AGUCCCAGCAUGCAUCAUUCUGCUUCAAUAGUAACCUACGGCGGGUAUUUCCAUGCGGCUAUGUUCAUUCAAAAAGUAUGCUUUUUUUGUAUGCUCCGUUAAAGUUUUUGCCUAUUUUACUGACUUAUAUGUUUAAUAUUUACGUUUUUGUUCUUAUCUGAAAAUCUGAACCAUUGAGUUUAGGGAGAAGCAAUAAUGAAAGUAACAGUCCCGGUUAUAGUGACUGUGCAGCUCGCACGGCGUGAACUCUGAAAUCGAGCGCCUUCUGUAGUAUGAUACACUGCACAUCACUACCGUCACAUUUUGUUCAGUGGUUUGAGGGAUGUGGCGGGAAGUUGAUCUUCUGCAUGAAGCUACUGGAGAAACCGGCACACACACAAUCUAACUACGAACAGUUUCAUAACCUUAACUUGAAAUAUCUUGGUGAAUAGUGAAUCUGUGAUCAUGCUGAACAUUCGUUCUCUCGCGGUGCUUUUCAUUCUGAUAUCUGCAUUCAUCUGCAGUUUGACAAACGCUGCCAAACUCAAUAUACCUAAAGUUUUAUUACCUCUUGCCAGAAGCACAAAAAUCAAUUUUACACUGGAAGCAACUGAAGGAUGUUAUCGCUGGUCGUCCAACAGGCCGGAGGUGGCCAGUAUAGAAGCAGUGGAUGUGGAUGAGCGUCAGUGCUCACAUAGGGCCGUUCUGCAGGCCCGCUCCACUCAGCCAUCCAGACUCACCAGCAUCAUACUCGCUGAAGAUAUUUUGACAGGACAGGUGCUGCGCUGUGAUGCUAUAGUGGAUGUUAUCAGUGAGAUCCAGAUAGAGUCCACCACGCGAGAGCUUCACCUGGAGGAUUCUCCUCUGGAGCUGAAGAUCCAUGCACUCGAUUCAGAGGGAAACACCUUCAGUACUCUAGCCAGUCUGUUGUUUGAGUGGACUAUCGUGAAGGACGCUGAAAUGGCAGGUUUCCCUGAUUCCUACAACACGCUACAGGUCCUGAGGUUUGCGGAGUCAGCGUACACUCCUCCAGCGUAUAUCUCUGAGAUGGAGCGAGUGGGACAACAGGGCGAUAUCAUCCUAGUUUCAGGAAUCAAAACCGGCCACGCCAAACUCAAAGCCAAAUUACAAGAGACAAUAUAUAAGGACGUUGGUGCUGCUGAGGUCAGAUUGCUGAUUCUGGAAAACAUUCUCUUGAGUCCCGCGUAUGAUGUUUAUCUGCUGGCUGGCACCUCCAUCAAAUACAAAGUCCAGAAAAUCCGUCAAGGAAAAAUUACAGAGCUAUCCAUGCCCUGUGAUCAGUAUGAACUUCAACUUCAGAACAGUGUAGUCACUCCUAAUGGAAACUCAGAGGCCCCUGUCGCAUACUUGGACCAGAGCAGCUCAACAGUCUUUGCCCUUCAACAUGGACACACCAACAUUGUGCUGGACCACAAGAGUCUUGGGAUGCAGGGCGCUUCCCGACUUCCCAACAGCACCAUCUAUGUUGUGGAACCUGGAUACUUGGCAUUCAAGAUUCAUCCUGAGGAUCGCUGGGUCCUUGAAACGGGGAGGAAAUAUGAGAUCUUCAUUGAAGUGUUUGAUAAGUCAGGCCACAAGAUUUAUCUGUCAGAUAAUAUCCGUAUAGAAACCACGUUCCCUACAGAGUACUUUGAGGUUCUGGAAUCAUCUGUUAAUGGAUCUUACCACCACGUGAAAGCUUUGAAACAUGGUCAGACCGUCAUUGAUGGCACACUGAAAGCAGUCGUUGAUCAAACAGGAAGUGUCCAUGCACUCUCUGUUCCUGUGCGUAAUGAGCAGGAUGUGGAGAUCUACGACCCCAUAGUUCUCAAACCUACCAUCCUUACAUUUCCAUGGCAACCAAAAGAGGGAGCGUACCAGUAUACCAUCAAGGCAACUGGAGGAAGUGGCAACUUCAGCUGGUCAUCCACUAACUCAGCAGUCGCCACAGUUACAGUGAAAGGAGUGAUGACCACCGUCAAGGAUGUUGGAGUCAGUGUGAUCUACGCCCAUGACGUGAGAAAUCCACUGCAUUAUGGAGACAUGAAGGUGUAUGUGAUUGAGCCUGUGAGGAUGGAGUUCAGCCCAUGUGCAGUGGAGGCCCGUGUGGGCGUAAAUUUGGAUCUGCCGCUGCGAAUCUUUGGUCAGCUAGCCGGAGAGAGAGUGAUGCUCAGUGACUGCUCACACUUUGACAUGCAGGUGGACAUGGAGAUUCAUGGCAUCUUUCAGUUGUUGGAGGGUAGACUUCCUCCGGGUCAGGGCCACUGCAGUGGGGUUCGCGUUAAGGCCUUGACCCCCGGUUACACCAACCUGUUGGUUAGCUAUACCCAUAGUAAUGUUCACCUCAGUGCGAAAAUCACCAUUGCUGCCUACCCGCCUCUCAAGCCGGUUGACCCUGUAUCUGUGGCUGUGGUGACAUUGGGCUCCUCUAAAGAUAUGAUGUUUGAAGGAGGCCCCAGACCGUGGGUGCUAGAACCAUCCAAGUUCUUCAGAAACCUGACCGCUGAGGACCAUAGCAGCGUUACACUGUCUCUGCAUGGACCCACCUCACGAUCCUAUUCCAGACAUUUGGUCAGAGCCACAUGCAGAGCUCUGGGAGAACAGGUCUUAGCAGUGACUGUUGGAAACCAGCCCACCAUGACGAACCCCUUCCCUGCUGUGGAACCAGCUGUUGUGAAAUUUGUGUGUGCACAUCCGUCACGUCUCACACUGACCCCCAUUUACCUGAACCCACAGCUGGACGUGUCCUGCCCUCUGCUGCAGCAGAACAAACAAGUGGUGCCAGUUUCAAAUUAUCACAACCCAGAGCUGGAUGUGGCGGCUUUUGACCAGCAGGGCAGGAAGUUUGAUAACUUCAGCUCUUUGAGUAUGAUCUGGGAAUCCUCCAAAGUUUCCCUUGCAAGCAUCGAACCGACCAUGCCCAUGAAACUACACAUACACGAGGAUGACAGCAAGCAGAAAAAACUUCAUGGUCUUCAGAUGGUUCUUGUCCAUCAUGAAUCGGGCGUUGCAGCCAUCACUGUAACCGCAGUCGGCUAUCAGACAUCUCAUCUAGAAGCAGCAGCGGUUUUGAGUGGAUUUGAUCCUUUGAGUGCUGUCUCGGCCAUGCUUGACCUGCUGUUAGUAGAGGACGUGAGGGUGACCCCUGACACCAUCACCAUAUACAACCAUCCCGAUGUGGCGGCGGAUCUGACUCUGCAGCAGGGCUCCGGUUAUUUCUACGUCAAUGCAAGCAUUGGGGGAAUCGCAGAGGUCACAUUUCAAGAGUCCCAGGGAAUUGCUCAGGUGGUCCCAGUUCAAGCGGGGGUCUUGCAGGUGAUGGUUCAUGACCUUUGUUUGACCUUUCCUUCCCCCGCUACGGCUACAGUUCACAUAUCUGAUAUCCUGGAGGUUUAUGUUCGUGUGGUCGACAAGGUUGAGAUUGGCAAGUCAGUCAAAGCAUACGUUCGGGUUUUGGAUGGCAACAAGAAGCCUUUCCUGUCCAAAUAUUUCUCUGUCAUGAACCUGAAGCUGAGGGCAGCGUCAUCCAUUAUAUCUCUGCAAUCUCUGCCCGAUUCAUCAGAAGAAGAUACGGACACAUUUCUGGUCAAAGGACUGGUGAUCGGACAAACCAGUGUGUCUGCUGACGUCAUUGACAAAAAUGGCAGAAAAAUCACCUCUGCACCCCAACAAAUUGAAGUCUUUCCCCCCUUCAGACUGCUGCCCAGGAAAGUCACUCUAAUAGUUGGAGCAAUGAUGCAGAUCACAUCAGAGGGAGGACCACAGCCCCAGUCAAACAUCCUCUUCUCUCUCUCCCAUGACCACAUUGCCUCUGUCAACAGUUUGGGUCACAUUCAGGGCCUUUCGGUGGGCAACAUGACUGUAACUGGCGUGGUUCAGGCCGUCGACACGGAAACAGGCAAACUAGUGGUGGUGUCAAAGGAUCAAGUGGAUGUUGAGGUUGUGCAGCUAAAGGCCAUUAGAAUCAGAGCUCCCAUCACCAGAAUGAAGACUGGAACGUUGAUGCCGGUGUAUGUGAUGGGCCUGAGCAGCAGUCAGACGCCCUUCUCUUUCGGAAACGCUCUUCCUGGACUGACGUUUCACUGGUCUGUGACUAAGAGAGACAUUCUGGAUGUUCACACACGCCACGCAGAGGCAUCUGUAAAGCUCAGUGCUGAGCACAACUUUGCCAUGAGUGUGUUUGGCAGGAGUAAAGGCCGCACUGGAUUGAGGGUGGUGAUGAAGGCCAGUGUUCCUCUGGCUGGACAUCUGGAGGACAAUGCCCUUGAAUUCCAUGAUGAGAUACAGAUUCAGGUCUAUGAGAAAUUGCAGCUGUUGAACCCAGAAGUUCAAGCGGAGGAGAUACUGAUGUCCCCAAACUCCCUGCUGAAGCUCCAAACUAACAGAGAUGGGCAGGGGUCCCUGUCAUACCGUGUGCUGGAUUGUCCAGACAGAGCUGCUCUCAUUCAAGUGGAUGAUAAAGGUCAUCUGACAUCUGGAUCUCUGACAGGAACAGCAUCCCUACAGAUUAGCUCGCAGGAAACAUUUGGUGUCAAUCAAACCAUCACCAUUGCUGUGAAGGUGGUGACUGUAUCAUACCUACGUCUGAGCACCAGUCCAGUAAUGUACACGUCGAACAGAGAGGUUGUGUCCGCCAUCCCGCUGGGAGCCAUUUUGACCUUCACUGUUCAUUACCACGACAGCACAGGCGAAACCUUACACAGCCACAACUCAAUGCUUAGCUUCUCCACCAACAGGGAUGAUUUGGUGCAGGUUGGUAAGGGUUCAAGUAACGGCACGCUGAUGGUGCGAACAGUCAAUGUGGGUCUGACUCUACUAGGAGUUUGGGACUCGGAGCAGACCGGAUUAGCUGAUUUCAUUGCACUACCUGUUCAAAAUGCCAUUCAUCCAGCCGAAGCCCAACGGCUGGUCGUGGGUGAUGUUGUGUGUUUUUCUGCACAGAUUAUUAAUCAGGAGGGUGCUUCAGGUGUGUGGAGCUCAUCAUCCAGUGCUGUGCUGGAGGUUGAACCCAGGACUGGAGCCGCAGUGGCCAGAGACAAGGGCACAGUCACCGUCUACUACAACAUACCAGGCCAACUCCGCACUUACAGAGAGGUUUUUAUUGAAGGUGCAACUCAGACAUCUGUCAUGACUCCCUCAGUGAAGAAAGGCAGAGACUCUAAAGUCUUGAUGUCAACCAGGGACACAGGAAGCAACCUCAUUGGAAGCUGCUCCUCAUCCCAAUCAGAUAGCAUUGCUCUGCUCCACCCAGAGUCCUCCAUCAGCUGUCACCUCCACUUCACUAGCAGCGCUGUGGAUUUCUCAGCUCAUGACGUCUACCACACUCGCACAGCUUUUGAUGCCAGCACAGGUUUCUACAGCUGUGUGUUGAGCUUUAAGCCCAUGAGUGACCAGCAGGUGAAGGUGUUGAGUGUGUCUAUGACUGACGUGGAGGUCACGGCCGGUGUGCAGGGCGGUCACUUCACCGGACAGCAGAUCAGCGCUAGGCUGCCCGUCAAUCCAGGGAUCUACACUGAUCAGACGGACAUCAUCCUGAGUAAUCAGCACACAUCUGCUGAUCUGACCAUCUAUGGGACACCAGGCGCUCUGCAGAAGCUAGAUGCGAAGAGCAGCUCUCCUGCAGUUGUGAUCGAGCAGAAGGAGGUUUCCCGGAGCUUUCCAAGCUAUAUCACAUACACUGUUAGUGUGGUGAACCCACAGGGAGCUCUGACGACAUCUGUGUCUAUAAGCAGCACGUCCAGUGAUCAGGUGCUGCUCAUCCCAGUGUCUGUCAUGCAUCUAGCAGCCAGCGGCAAUUCUGUGCAAGCACAUAUGGUAGAUGGAGCAGAUGGGCCCAAUAUUCUUCAGCAGUUUAUUGACUCCUAUCAAGUGAUGUUCUUCACUUUAUUUGCUCUCUUGGCUGCCACUGCUGUUGUCAUCAUUGUGUGCCAUGUGCUGUUUUCUCCAAGAGAUCCUGUUAAUCAUCCUGCAUUCAUCCAGAAGUCUCCGCCUCCCACAGGUGUAGCUAAGCUGACUGAGAGCCCCUUCAACAACAGCGCGUCUUCAGACAUGAAGGGAAGCCCAAGAUUACGUCUGUAUUCACCAGACUACAACUCCAGAUAAACCUUCUCCACUUGAAGACCGCAGAAAGUGCCUUACCAUUGGAUACAGGAGUAUAAGCAUGCUGGAAAAUACUUGUGCAAGAGUAUUGCUUACAUGCUUAAAAUAGCUUUUUCAUUUAAAUCCAAGUUUGCUGAAAUGCUGCAUAUCUGAUUAAAUAUGUCAGGGCUGCAUAGUUUUGUCUGCUUUUAUUUGAUUAUUUAAAUGUUUGAUGUGUGCUUUCAUUUAUAAUUAUUGCUAUUAUUAUUUUCAGUAGCCUUUUUCCAAUAGUUUUCAUAGCUUGAUAUUCUAAGUUUUAGUGAGUUGUGAUGUUAAAUGUUUGUCUUUUUUUCUUUGAAGCUCAGGACAACCUUUGAAAACUAAUGUGAGACUGCAGCUUGAUUAUGUAGCAUGUAAUUGUGUGAAUAGUGCAACCACUGAUUCCGUCCAAAGUGCUCUUACAAGUGUUUGAUCUGCAAAAAUAUAAAUGGCCAGUUUAAUUUCAUGAACAAUAUUAUACUGAUUUUAAAUAUUUUGAAGAAUUCUUGAGUUUAGUGCAGGUACUUUCAGUUAUUGAUGUGAAUGUUAAAAAUGUUUAAGGGCUUAGUUAAGUUCAAUUGCUUUAGCAGAUGUAAAAUGGCUGUGAAAGGACAGGCUAGUAAUCUAUGAAGUAGCAUUCUCUUGAACCUACAGCAGCAUUUGACAUGGUUAUUUGCUGUUCAAAAGUCCUACAAUAGAUACUGAUAAUUCUGUAACUGUGAGUUUGAGUCAUAUUCAAGAUUGUGACCGUUUUGACCGAAUAAAUGCCUCUGCCUUGUGAGCCUGUUAAAGUGAGACAGAAAUGCUGUUAUAAUAAUGUUUUCUUCUGGUAUCUGCCUUUAAGCAAGAGCCAUAAUGUGACUCAUAGAACUUCUGCACUGAAUAAAUUGAGGAAUUGUGAUAUCUGUCAUAAUCUGAGUUUAAUCUGUAUAUGUAACCACUUCUGAGCCUUUGUCAUUGUUUGCUCUUCUGUCCAUCAUACCUCCCUCAAAAAAAAAAAAUAAUAGCUUGUGCAUUGAGAACAGUCUGUAUUUACAAUGUGCUUUUUUCUGCAUGAGAUCUAUAAACAUUAAAUAUGCUCUUUUUAAGUAUCA